UCCUCUCUGCGGAGGUAUUUUUAUGGAACUAACGGUAUGUUCAGAGGAUAUUAAUUGUCAAACGAAGGUGCGAAAAAAAAAACGGAGAGGAGACUCACAAAAAAAAAAAAAGAAAUUAAACCCCUAUAAAAUACAAUACCCCGAGGAAUACGAGUCGAAUUCGUUUUUAAUUGAUGGACAAAUGAGAAAAAUAGAAUAAAUUAAUUGCCAAUGGCAUGGAUGGAUGUGGAAUAAGAGUGAAAAAUGAUUCCGUGUGUGCUGUGGAAAAAUACGCCAACACAAAUACAAUUAUGGGCGAUGUGGAUACAAAUGUCUAUACAGGACACUAACUAAUGUCCUGACGGUGAAGACAGGAAGGCAGUAACAUUUACGAGAGGUUAUAAAUAUAAGAAACAGACACACACACACACGCGAGCAACAACAACACCACAAUGCUGCAUGUCCUUUGAGAGCGAGAGCACACACAGAGCCAUAAAAGAAAUUAUUGAAAUCAAUUCGAAUCCAUCGAGAGUGUGUGAUGAGCGAGCGAACAAAUUGUUGAGGAGUAGUGAAAAAAUAAAAUUUUGGAAGAAAGCAAGGAAAAAAAGUGGCAAAGAAAAAUUCAUCUCGAGUGGAUAGUAAUUGUGGAAAAUUGGUAAAAAAAGAAAAAAGAAAAUUUAAAAAGGACUCCCCGGAAAUGAAAAAAUAUUAAUUGUUUAUUGAAGUUGUAGCCAUUGGAAUGGAAAUCCACAAAAUAUAUACGUGAAUGAAAAAAUUGAAAACGUCAAGAGAGUGAGCGAGGGGGUUCCUCCAACAAAUAAGGUGUGUUGCUUUGUAAUGUCGUGUUCCACCAGACCAACAAUAGUAGAAUAAAAAAGUGCUUUUCAAGAACACAACAAAAAAAGGACAUUUCUGGUGCGUAUCCGUGACGGUUGCGGCUGUGUCCAAGUAACGGUAGGUGUGCUCAAGUGUGUGUAAACUAUGACUCAAAUACGUACAUAUGUUGUUACCUUACACACCGUGACAUUGCAUUGAUGGUCCUGGCGAUAGUAAACAGGACACGCACACCCGCACACAUACAGUGACACAUGUAAGGAAGCUCUUGAACUCGGAAAUUUCGUAAACGUACCCAUCGAUAAAACAAAUACUGAAUAUUAAAAAAAAGAAAGGACACCCAAACCACUUCUCCAACAAAUUACCGCCCAGGGAUAUGGAACAGCAACAACAACAACAUGAAUAUGUCCACUAAAAUUUGUCCUUAUUAAAAAUCAAUAAAAAAAGACCAUGUUAUAAGAAUCUCCUAAUAACCAAGACGCUGUCAAAGAAAAAUCGACGAAGGAGGAGCAGCAGAGAGACGAACAAAACAUAACUUUUUUUAUAGUUCCGGUCUGGCGUAUGACGAACCUACCUCGUCUAUUACGACAAGGUUGUUAACAAGUCUCCUAACAUUAACACUUUUUUUGGAGCACACACCCGCACACACACAGACACACUCACCCCAAAACAAAUACGGAAGAACACGACAAACGAAAAAAACGCGCAAUAAAACAUGGUAACAAUGUCUACAGAGGUGGAUAAGACACAAGCGACGAUAGCCAAUGCCAUGGCCCAAAAAGUUGAAAAUUCCACGACAUCACUGAAUGGCGGAGUCGAGAGGGAGGACGGCGUUGAGGUCACGACUUGUGGUGGUCUCAACAAUGGUAGUCUGAAUUUCGCGGAGAAGGUGGACAGUGAAAAGCCCACGGUGGACCAUAAAAGUCCUCAACAUGAUGGCGCCCAAGAAAAUCAAAAGAAGGAAGAUACCGAGGUUACUGGAGGCCACAUGGCAAAGGAAACUGAAUUACCCGUGGCUAAUGCAUGUCCUGCCAAAGCAAAAGAAGAGGAUAGUUCUAAUGACACGCCAAACGAGGACAAGGGAACCACGAAUUGUGUUAACACUGAAAAGGAGCAAACGGAAACCACCUCAUGCGAUACUAAAUCGACAACAACUACAACCAUCAUUAAUAAUAACAACAACAACAAUAACAAUAUAUCAUCAAAACUAGAAACAGUAACAACAGUACAAAUAACUACAACAACAACAACAGAAACAGCAACCACCCCCACCAACACCGCCGCCAACCAGAGCAGUGACAAUGCCACUGAUAUUACAACACCAACACCCACCAUUACCACCACCGCCGCCACACCCACCACCAGCAUUACUCAAAACACCUCUCCCACACCCAACAAAUCCAACUGUUCCUCCUCAGCCACUGCGACUUUAAAAUCAUCAUCAUCCGGCACCAGCACCCAACAAACGACGGCCCAACAACAGACCCUACUACCCUCCUCGAUACAAAUCAACAAAGUGAAUGCCAAUGCCCCAACAUCAUCGUCGGCAAAUGCUGCUGGUUCCUCGUCGGGGACCAAUGCCUCCGGCUCACAUCAACGGAAUCAACAACAGCAGCAGCAGUCGCAUCAUCAUCAAGGUAGCGGAGGACAACAGCCUCCCAGCUCGUCGCAACAUUCCAUGCAAACGCACAGCGGAAAUGUUAAUCAUAGUAAAAAUAAAAAUGAAGAUGCUCCCAAUAUUUUGGUGUACAAAAAGAUGGAAGCCAUUGUGGAAAAAAUGCAAGCCGAAAGUACCGGAGUCUCGGUGCGUACUGUCAAAGGUUUUAUGACAAAAGUUCCUUCGGUCUUCACCGGGGCUGAUCUCAUCUCAUGGAUAUUGAAAAAUUUGGAUGUGGAAGAUGUAACCGAAGCCCUGCAUUUUGCCCAUUUGUUGGCCUCCCAUGGUUAUAUAUUUCCCAUUGACGAUCAUCAGUUGACGGUGAAAAAUGAUGGAACAUUUUAUCGAUUCCAAACACCCUAUUUCUGGCCCUCGAACUGUUGGGAACCCGAGAAUACCGACUAUGCCGUCUAUUUGUGCAAACGGACGAUGCAAAAUAAAACCCGCCUAGAAUUGGCCGAUUAUGAAGCGGAAAAUUUAGCCAAACUACAGAAAAUGUUUUCGCGCAAAUGGGAAUUUAUUUUUAUGCAGGCGGAAUCCCAGAGUAAAGUGGCCAAAAAACGCGAUAAACUGGAACGUAAAGUGCUCGACUCGCAAGAACGAGCCUUCUGGGAUGUGCAUCGUCCGAUGCCCGGUUGUGUCAACACCACUGAAAUUGAUAUUAAAAAAGCAUAUCGUAGAGGUGCCUCUAGCCACGGCACCGGUUCUGGCGGUGCCUCAGUUGCCAAAAAUCCUAUUGAACUACUGACGCGCAUCAUAACACUGCGCAAACAAAAGCUGGAACGUCGUACAAUAAAAGUGUCGAAGGCGGCCGAAGCUUUGGUAUCCUAUUAUGAGCAAUAUAAUGAAUUUGAUUACUUUAUCACUUCCCCGGAUCUGCCAAAUCCCUGGCAAACCGACAGCACCGAAAUGUGGGAUGCCGAAAAGAAUAGCAAAGAGGUAUCGAUGAGACGCUGCAAACGCUGGGCAUUUAGCAUGCGCGAACUAUUGAAAGAUCCCAUGGGCCGUGAACAAUUUGCCAAAUUUCUGGAAAAAGAGUACAGCUAUGAGAAUUUAUUAUUCUGGGAAUCGGUCCAGGAAAUGAAGGCUCUACCUCAAAGCGAAAUCAAGGAGACCAUACAACGCAUUUGGCAGGAGUUUCUGGCACCCGACGCACCAAAAGCCGUCAAUGUUGAUUCGAAAUCGGUGGAAUUGGCUCGUGAAGCUGUCAAUUCACCGAAUGGACCAAAUCGUUGGUGUUUUGAUGUUGCUGCCGCCCAUGUCUAUCAUCUCAUGGAACGGGACUCAUAUCCCCGGUAUUUACGUUCCGAUAUGUAUAAGGACUACAUUAAUUGUUCGCGCAAGAAGAUCAAGUCGAUACCGAAUCUGUUUGGGGUGAAACGCUGAAGUGUGGUUCCUGCGGUUGCUUUGUCCUCGGCAACCGCAGCUGCUACCUCGUCCCACCACCAUCAUCAUCAUCAUACGCAGCAUCAGCAAGCCCAUCCCACAACGUCAUCAUCGUCGGCAACCUCUGGAGGUGGUACUGCAUCCACGCCAUCCGGGGCAGGGUCGCAUCAGCAACAUACUCCACAUCAUAGAUUUUCAUCAUAGAGAGAAGAAGGAAAUGAAGAAUGGAAUGGAAUAUAACUUGAAAGAAAAAUGGUAUCCUAUGCCACUACACUCAUACAUACACAUACAUACUUGCAUACCUAUACUCAUCGUUAGAAGCCAGGAAUUGUAGGGUAAUAUGAAAUUAAAAACCAAAUGAAAUAAAAAUUUAAAAAAAUAUUUACAAGAAACUAUAUAUGAAUGUGCAACACAUUGAAUCGUUUUUUAGAUUUUAAAAUUUAGCAGAAACGUGGUUAAAUGUUGAAAUGAUUAAAAAAAAUGAAGAAAAUGGCCGCUAGAUUUUUGAUUAUAUUUUGGAUUUAUUUUUAAAAAAAUUAAAAA